AUGAAAUCUCCAUUUUUCUUGAAGUUCUAUUUUGCAAUAAAUGGUGUUAUUGUCAAUGUCAUCAAACUCUGUGUUGGAAGACCUAGACCAGAUUUCUUUUAUCGUUUUUCUCAAUGGAGAGGUGACUCCAGACCUCCAUGUAAUGGUGACCCUGAUGUUAUCACAGAUGGAGAAAAAAGCUUCCCUAGUGGACAUACAGCAUGUAAGGGAUGUUUGUUGGGUUUUGCUUAUCUAAGUCUCUAUCUUGCUGGUAAACCCAAUUGUUUUUCUCAAGAGGGUAAGAGUCAAUCUUGGCGACUUAUCGCGGUGUUUAACCCCUCUGUUUCUGCUACUGUUGUGGGUUUAUCAAGAAUACAAGAUAACAUGCACCAUUGGGAAG